GCAGGGUUUGCCUGAUCCUGGCCGUGAUCGCCGGGUUUCUCUCCUGCUUGGCUCUCCUCGCCUCGGUCUUCCGCUCCCACCUCGGCUCCGUGCCCCUGACCCUGGUCUCCGCCGUGGGCAGCUUCAGCGCCGGUGUGGUGACAUUUUUUUCCCAAGGAGCCUCCUCGAGCUGAGUGUGGGGCCUGCGCUGCCCACUGGGGACAGAGCCGGGGGCCGGACGGAGCCUGCAGCCUCGCCGGGCCGAUUCCCCCAGCCACCCUGUGCUCCCCGGAUCCCAGCGCUGCCCCCCGCCCCCGAGCCCCCCCCCCCCCGCGAUGCUGCCUCUCCAGAUCCCCGGCACCGUCCUGGCUCUGCUCAGCCUCCUGCUUCUGGCGGCGGCCCUGAGCUCCGAGCACUGGCUGGAGGCGACACGGGACGGCGUCUUCGUCCACUCGGGGCUCUGGAAGAUCUGUGUGAAUUCGGUGUGCGCCAUGCCUUCGAAACUACCCGAUUACAUCGAGGCCACCAAGACGUUCUUGAUACUGGGCCUGCUCGCGGGGCUGCUCUCGGCCUUCUCCCUCCUCGCCUUGCUCAGCGGCUCCGGCCUCGACGCCGUGUCCCCCCUCACGGUCUCUGCCGUGGGCAGCUUCAGUGCAGGUUUCUGCGUCCUGAUUGCGCUGACCGUGUUCACCAGCGAGUUUGCUGAAGUCAUAAAGGUCACCUGGCCCCACGUCUCCUUUGGCUGGUCCUGGGGCCUCGGCUGGGCCUCCAUCCCCCUCUUCCUGCUGACCGGUGGGGUAACGUUACUGGCCCAGGAAUCCAACUCGAUCUGAGCACAGGGCCUGAGCUGCCCCCCGGGGACGGUGCCGGCAGCCGCCAGGGCCAGGUGGAGCCUGCAGUGUUAUGGGGAUGAUUCCCCCCAACACCCCAGAGAAGGGGCGUGUGUCUGCUGCCCCCUGCUGGAGGGGCUGAGCCCUGUGCGCUCUGUGUGU